CCCGCAGCUCCGUGUCCUCUUGUCCUUGGCCUCUUCAAACCCGCCUUCCCCGCUCGCUCCCGCAAAGCCCGCGAGGCUGCCACCCCCAGCCAGCGAUUGCUGCUGGGACGGCGUUUGGCAUCUGGGUUGACAUGCGGAAGAGGCCUGGCUGUGCGUCUGUUUUCCAGGUACAGUUAUUACAGCAGUAAAAUAACUGUAAACACAUCUCCGUAAUGAAUGCUUGUGUCAAAAUGCCCAGUUUGCAGGUUGUAGUAUUUGCACACGGAGAUGAGGUGCACAGUUACGUAGUUUAAAUGACUGAACGCACUGGUAGGCUUACAAAUUCUUGCGGUCAGUGUCGUCCAGCACAGGGCAGGACCACGGGGAAGGAUGUCGAAACACAGCCAGGCUGGUGGUUCUCAAAGUCUCAUCUUCUUAUCUCCAAUACUAUCAGAGCUGCACUGCCAGCAUUUUAAUGGGAAAGGGCCCUGUGUCUGGCGGCGAGCUGGUGGUUUCUAAAAGUCAGAGGGACCUGAGUUUCAGGUUACUUCCCAUUUGCAGAAAUGUGAAGCUGAUGCUGGGCAAGGACACGGUGCUGCAGAGCUCCUCACUCAGGUGGCAGCUGGGCUGCCCUGUCCCUUUGUCACCUGCUGCCGCAGUGACCUCGGCGGGCUCGCCGGGCCAGCUGGGGAGCGGUGGAGCCGGUGUGCGGGGAGAGCAAUUGUGCUGCAAAUUGUGCACUUGCAUGCUUAAAAACCCAGAUGUUUAACUACAUGAAAAGGCUUGUUUGAUCUGAUCAGCACAGACUUACAAAAGCACCUAGAGAAAGUGUCCUCCCCCAAGGAAGCUGUUCUUGACGGAAGAACAGGGUUAAACAGGCACUUAAGCCCUGGUCUGUUCUUGGGCCAUAGCUAAAACCAAGACCUUAGACCAACAGAUCUGCCGGACAAAGCCACCUCAGCUGCUGCAAACGGGCUCCGGUGGGUCAGGAGAAAAACCAAACAGUCUCGACUGUUAACACAGGUGGUGUGGAUGUCCUCAGGAUGUACCCAAAGAAGAAUGAAUAAUUUCUGGUUAGCCGUCGCCUGUGCGGCAGAGGGAGAGACAGAAACAAGGCAGGGUGACAGUCCCGGUGCUGCGAGCGGUGUCGGUGUCGAAAGGGGAACAGGGUGCUCUCGGUGGCCUGUCCGGGCACCGGCUGUGACCUGCUUGGCAAGUCUGCUCCACUUCAGGCUCUCCUGGCUGGCAACCAGAAAUGUGAGAUCUGGGACAGAUGACAUUGUCUAGGUUUGACAUAUUUCUUCUGUUGUCUUUGUAGCUCUGCCAGCAUCCUGUGGUCGUUUGCUGUCGACUGGGCUCUGGUUCCUUUGGGGAACAGGGAGCUUGAAUAUUCAUUCUUUCUGGUUGAGGGAGGAAGAAGGGAGAGCUUAGAAACAAAAAUGAGGUGGCUGAUGUAACAGAGGCUAUACCAAAAUCUCAAGGAUUCACAGCAAAGAAUAAUGCUUCAGGUCAAUUUUGAUUUGUAGAAAUCAAGCUGUUGGUUAAAUCCCAGUUCAGAAGUACUCCUCUAAAGACUUGCCGUAAAAAAGCAAUGUUGAAAGUGUGUGGUAGGUCCAAGUCUAAGCAUGGCUCAUGGUGUGCUGAGGCUUCGAGAAAAGAGCUGUUCCACGAACAGCCAACCUCUGAACUUUGGUUUUCUGUCCUGUCACCUCCACAACCCCGGGCUCCUCCACCUCUCUCGAGGGAUCUCUUGCAGACAAGAAAGGACUAAAUAAUCUCAAAGAAUUCAAUCCCUUUUCCAAAUCCGGGUGAGAAGGGCUGGAUGAAUGAAGUGCUAUCGGGGAGCAGCAGUGUGGCUGAGGAAAGACAGACUGAGCUGGAGGGCUGUUUCCCACGGAAACUGCUUAAAAAACAGUGCAAUUGUGCAAACGUGCCCACCAAGUUCAAUAACUGUUUGCAGUCCCCGUGCGCAGCGCGGAGCGGGAGGUGCCGGUGCUCCUGUUCGGGCUCGUGACCCUGCUGAGGACUCUGAGUGUCCCAUGUCACUGAGCGUCGUGCCCCGGGUCCAUCCCAGCUGAAAGGGGGAAAACGGGGCACGUUCCCCGAGGGAUGUCGGGCUCUUUGGGUUAGCGCUGGCCAUGCGGGGGGGUCUGGACAAUGGGGCCUCAGACUUGGCUGAGGCCUUUGUGUUUCUGGAACACAAACAACUAACUUUGUUUGUAAUGAUCGCGGUAUGUAUCUAUUUACAUAGCUGUUUAGUGCAUAAAUGUUUCUCAUGAGCGUUCUUUCCAAAGUACAGUACGUAAAGCUAUUAAUGUGCUAUUGCUGUCCAUUUCUCCAGCUUCAGGGUUCCUUGCUGAAGCAAAUUUGAGCACCCAAAUCCAAGCUAAUCGGUUCCUGACAAUAAUUGGAGCUCUAAAAAUGAGCACUGGGGUUUUUUGUAUGAUUGCCAUUUCUAACUGUCAACCAAGGGACAGGUCUUGGUGUGGAGCUAUUUAACAAAAAGUGUGGUUAAGAGAUGUUGUGACUCGUGUUUUGCCAAGCAGAGGUAGGUCGAAUUAUUUAGGUGGAAAACAACCCCCAGCUCGGAUUGGCAGCAGGCUCAGCACAGCGAUCCCCACCUCCUCGUCUCCUCUGUCACUCCAGCAUGUCCUUGGAGCACCUCACCGCACAGCAUGGGAUCAUGCAGGGCGGCCAGCCAGAUCUUCAGGGAGAGGGACGGAAGGUCGGCUGAGUUUCCAGGCUCAUCAGGUUUCCCCCUCUUCUCCAAGCAAGGCUCUGGCUUUGUGAUGGGAAAUACGUCCAACGCCUCUGUGUUCGUCUCCACCUUGUCAGAGAGAGAAGACCUGAUUUUUGGCACGCUCUAUUUAAUCUUCGGCAUCAUGUCCCUCUCUGGGAACUCGCUGCUCCUGCUGGUGGCCUAUCGGAAGAGGUCCGUGCUGAAGCCUGCCGAGUUCUUCAUCGUCAACCUGGCCAUCAGUGACCUGAGCAUGACAGUGACGCUCUUCCCCUUGGCCACCUCCUCCUUCUUUGCGCACAGGUGGCUCUUCACGCAGGCGGUCUGCACCCUUUACGCCUUCUGCGGGGUCCUGUUCGGGCUGUGCAGCCUCGCCAGCCUGACGGUGCUCAGCGCGGUUUGCUGCCUGAAGGUCUGUUACCCAGCAUACGGCAACAAGUUCUCGCCGUGCCACGCCGCAGUGCUGCUGCUGUGCGUCUGGGCGUACGCCCUGGUGUUCGCCACGGCCCCCUUGGCCGAGUGGGGCAGCUACGGCCCCGAGCCCUACGGAACAGCCUGCUGCAUCUCGUGGGAAACCUCCAGCAGGGAGGCCACGCUCUACAUCCUCGCCCUCUUCAUCUUCUGCUACCUUCUGCCCUGCCUCCUCAUCCUCGCCUCCUACUCGCUGAUCCUCUGGACGGUGCGGGUGUCCGGCAGAGCCGUCCGGCAGCACGGGUCGCCGCGGCGCGCCGCCCGCAGCGUGCACGGCCUGGUCGUGAAGCUGAGCAUCGCCGUGUGCCUGGGGUUUCUGGCUGCCUGGACCCCUUAUGCCAUCGUCGCCCUGUGGGCCGUCCUUGGCGACACCAGCCAGGUGCCAGCACUGGCCUUCGUGCUGUCGGCCGUCUUCGCCAAGUCCUCGACGCUCUACAACCCCCUGGUGUACCUGCUCUUCAAGCCCAACUUCCAGAAGUUCCUCUCCAAGGACAUGGUGCUCGCCCAGGCCGUCCGCACCCUGCUCUGCUGCGCCUGCCCGCGUGCCGCGCUCCAGCCCCUCCCGCCCGCGGGCGGCAGUGACCGCCCCGGCGCCUGCAGGACCUGCAACGACGCCUUUGAGUGUUUCAGUAGCUACCCCAAGUGCUACAGCGCGGCGCAGGUGCCCGGCUGCUCGCCCCGGCGCGCUCCCCUGGCCGUCCAGGCCAAUGGAGCCGCUCGCCGGCCAGGGCUGAAGAGGACGGUGCAGGUGCUGGUGCUCGUCACACGGAGAAGGUCGGGCCUGGGCGCUGUGAAUGUGGUGGGGGAAGCUCUGCCGUCCGAUAUGGUGAAAGACCUUCUCUGAGCCCGCCGUGCCCCUACCAGCGCACUGGAGAACAAACCCAAACGCAACAGUUCUCUCACCUACGUAUCCGAUGGGUCCCCAGCAUGUUCUGCAGACGAAGUGACAUGAAAACUUUAGACUGACCUUGUCUCCUCCUCGGGUUUGGCUCUUACAGCUCUGAGCCUUGUCUUUGAACUUGAGAAAAAACAAACAGAUCUCCAGUGCCUGAAAUCUGAGCAGGGUGCACGUCCAGGGUGCAGUUUCUCCUGCGGCUUGUUCUCUGGGCCCUUGGCCUUUGUUUUUCCAUCCUGGUGCUCUGAUGACCAAGAGGAACUUGGUUGUCUCAAGAAACUGUGCCUGGCAGGGCAGGCUGGGGGCAACGAGGCCCCUAGAGACAUCUUAACCCCCAGCAGCUCCCGUUGACCACGUCCUUCCCUGCUGGGAAGGGCCGCACGCUCAGCUACCUCACCUGGGAUUACAAAGCAUCUUUAUGUACCUCUCAAGAGACUCUGCAGGCUGGGUUACACCCCUCCCUUGAUUUGAAUGCAAACCCACCACCGUCCCAUAGAUAGAAAUGAGGUCUUUAGUGUAAGGAUUUGGGGUUGAAAUAAUCCUGGUGCCAGUACCAGCCACCCCAGGUCGUGCUCUCCAGGCGCCCGGGGCUGAGCUCGGGGGUCCCUGUCCCAGCUGCUCGUGGGCACAGCGGGGCUGGCUCUGCUUUGCAGAGGCUGAAUAACACGGUGCUGAGAGAGGUUGGUCAUGCCCCCAGAAAUCAAAAGAUGCAUUCAAAGUGAUGAGAAGAGUCAGUAGCAGAGGUGGGAGAUGUGCUGCCAAAACCACAACCCCUCGCCAGAGCUGCAGCAUUAAAUUACGGGCUUGCUAAAUGGAGAUGGUGAAACACCUUCUGCAGCGAGUGCUGAGAAUCAGGCGCUGCCCGCGGCGCUGUCGCGGGUUGUGCUCAGCCUGCCGCUCCUGCGAGCCGAACCCGCGCUCUGCCGCCUCCCUUGGCUCUCCACAUACAGAUAGUGCUAUUUUUAGCAGUCGCUCCCAGAACUGGGGUGUAUUGCUGCUUUUUCUUAGUGCUGCUACAGCAGCCUUCUCCUCUCCAUCUAUCUAUCUCCUCUCCGUCUAUCUCCUCUCCAUCUCCUCUCCCCCAGCACCGUGCGGACCCGCUGUCCGCAGGGAUACGGGGGGCUGAGGGGGCUUUCCAGGGAGCAGAUGGCAGGAGAUGCCCAAAAUAAGUCAUUUAAGCUACAAACACGCACUGCUGAACCUGGGCAUUAAAAAUGUCAAUGUUUUUGGCCUCAACGUUAUGUCCCAGUUCUGGCGCAGGCGGCGGUGGGGCCGGUGCGAGUCCUGCGGUGGGGAGGGCGCCCAGCGAGGUGCUGGGGUGCUGGAGUCCUUUGCUGUCCCCCUGUGUGCCAUCGUUACCCGCUGCUGUUGCACAGCUCAAAUUAGCACACGACAGCAUGGCCGUCGUGGCUCUUGCUUUGUCCCUUGGUCAUUUCAUAGAGUCAUAGAAUGUCCUGAGCUGGAAGGGACACACAAGGAUCAUCAAAUCCAACUCCUGCCCCUGCACAACCCCCACAUUCACACCAUGAUUUCCACUUUAACUGGCAGUUCCACUGUGACAGGAGAGGGUUGUCAGUACCUCGGGGGUGCACUUGCAUCUUCUCGGGAUGGUUUUGCCCACGUGUGAUACCUGCAGGUGCAGGUUUUUGGGGCAGGGCAGGAUUUAUGCACAAGAGCCAAGUAAUAACUGAAAGGCCACGCAAGGCACAAACCCUCCUGCCUUUGCUUCCCACUCCUGCUCUACAACCCUCCCCCACAACCCAAAGAUGUGCAACGUUUGCAAAACGCCGCAAACAAAGAAAGAAAAACCAGGGCAGCCGGUGAAGAGAGGGGACGGAGUUUGCAAGGGGGCGCAGGUUUCCAGGAGGGCCAGCAUGGCUGCUGGGCCCCGUCCCACGCGCAGCCAGGGCUCCGCGCCCCCAGCGCCGUCCCAGGUGCUGCGGCACACGGCGGGUCACAAGCACUCGGCGUCUCUGCUGGCUGGCCAUUGUGUUUCAGAAACUGUACAUUUUAAAAGUAAAUUCACUCGUGCAAAACUGCCA